CCGCAUCCGCCAUGGACACACCUCCAAGCCGCUCAUCACGCCGAAGGCUGCACGCAGACUCAGCUAGCCAGUCUCCCUCCGUAGACGUGGACGGAGAAGCGCCAGGAACGCCUGGUCCGACACGAGCACGCAUCGCGAACCUCGAGAAGCAGGUGCAGGAGCUCGUCCGUAAAUACCAAGCUGAGCAGCGUAAAGUCGAGGCGAAUGUCCGAGACAAAGAACGGCUCGCUGAGGAGUGGGCAGACGAGCGCGCGCUCCUCCGACACCAGCUCGAAGUGGGGGGAGCCCGGUCCUCAAAGUUCCAGUGCCAAGUCGAGUCGAGCAAGCUGCGUGAGCAGUUGAGCCACGACGAGUUAAACCUUCUUGCCGCUGUUGCGGCGCAGAAGGCUGCGCUGGCGGCGGCCGACGACGAGUGGGCGGCGCUCGAGGCAGAGAUGGCAGCGCAGUCAGCGAGAGCUCAACGCGUAACGGGUGAGCACGCGCUGGCACUUGCCGAGAGUCGCGUCGCAAACUCCAUCGAUGAGUUGGUGAGCAAGGACGCCCAGAUUGCUGCGCUAGAGGCCCAGCUCGAGUCCGCCAACACUAGUCUCGCGCAUCAGCAGGCAGCUGCGAGCCAAGCGCGCGUAUCGACUGAGCGAGACGGCCAGGAAGUGGCCGAACUGCAAGGGCAACUCAAGGAGCUCAAAUCCAAACUCGCCAAGCUUGAGGAGUCACAUCGCAUGCUGGGCGAGAAGGAGGCCGACGCACGCGCCGAGAUCAAGCGGCUCCAGAACGCCUCCGCGAAGAGCGCUGGGGAUGGGGAGGAACUAGCUGAGCUUCGGGCACAGCUCAGAGGGGCCAGGGCAGAGGCGAGCAAACACGAGAAGGCUGCCGACGCCGCGCGGGAGGAGGCAGAAGAAACCAAGACCGAGUACAAGGAGGUGCUACGAACUUUGAAGGAGAAGUACCGGGCCGCCAAGGCGGAGUCUGCGCGCCUCGCUGGGGUUGAGGAGGAGCUUGAGGCUCUCAAAUCUGCCCCGGUCAAGAAGGCCCCGAGGAAGAAGGCUGCCGUCGCCGAUGCCACCCCCGAGAAGCCCAAGAAGAAGGCCAAGGCCGUCGCCGCCUCUCCUGACAAGUCCACUAGGGUCCGAAAGACGAGCCCCGUGGCAGACGAGUCUGAGGACCAGGCGCCGCCGAAGAAGGCGCGCAAAUCGAAAUCCAAGCCGCUGCAGGAGAAGGAGGACAACGACCAGUCCUCGUCGCCCGUGGUGGCCAAGUCCAAGUCCAAAAAGGCCGUCGCGACGCCAGCGGACAGCGAGGACGAGGCCCCAGCGGUAGCGCCCGAGAAGAAAAAGAAGAAACGCAUCCUCGGCGGCGCGAUGCCGGCGUUCACAUGGGAUCCCAUACUCAACAGCGGAGACGGUGUGAUACCCUCGUUCCUCUCGCCCGUGUCGGGCAAGAGUGGGGCGGGCACGAUUCCGCGUGCCGGCUUUGGCGCGCUAAGCGCGAGAACGACAAGAUUCUAGCAUCUAGUAUACACGGCGUGGUCACUUGCAAAUUAAUGCUCAGCCCUCGAACUUGAAGCGCUCGCGCAGGCGUUGCCCGUACUUGAACAUGACGAAAGGGGCCGGAAUGGCGACCGCUGCGAGAAGCGCGAGUAGCGUCGAUCCCCAACCCCACCCGAGAUUACGAUACAUUGUUGGU